CUAGGAGAAAAACUGGAUCGAAUAAGCGAGAGUCUCAAUCGUUUCAAGUCCACAAAACUGUAUCCCUUUAUUACAUCCCUGGAAUCCCCCGGAGUUCUUGUUGAACCCAACACUUCCUCCACUGCAACAAAGGGUGCCUGUUCAACUACCCGAUACCGGUCUCGGGCUACCGCUCACUUAGAAUCAAUGAUUAACUGCGCGGAAUCCAAAUACAAAGAGUGGAACGAACGGCGUCGAAAAUGA